GCAUUCAAUCAGCUGUGGACAUAGGCGUGGGCAGGCGUUAGAUGCGAGUAGUAAGUAUAUGUACUACAAGGGCCAGGCAAAAAAAUGCCAAAUGGAGGUGCCAGCUGCUUCAGCCAUCAAACGUCUUGAUGAAACAGUUGUCAACAGGAUUGCUGCUGGUGAGGUAGUGCAGCGGCCAGCCAAUGCACUCAAGGAGCUGCUGGAGAACAGUCUGGAUGCAAAAUCAACAAGCAUCAUUGUGACUGUCAAAGAUGGAGGACUCAAGACUCUACAAAUACAGGACAAUGGCUCAGGCAUCCGCCGCGAGGACCUGGGCCUGGUGUGCGAGCGCUUCACCACCAGCAAGCUGACCAAGUUUGAUGACUUGCUGAAGAUCGGCACGUACGGCUUCCGCGGCGAGGCGCUGGCCAGCAUCACGCAUGUGGCCCACCUCACCAUCACCACCCGCAUCGCCGACUCCAAGUGCGCCUACCGGGCGCGCUACACGGACGGAAAGCUGUGUGAGGAGCCCCGACCCUGCGCCGGCAACACGGGCACGCAGAUCCUGGUGGAGGACCUGUUCUUCAACAUGGCGGCGCGUCGACAGGCGCUGCGCAGCCCCGCUGAGGAGUUCAACAAGGUCGCUGAGGUGAUGAACCGCUACGCCAUCCACAACAGCAGCGUGGGCUUUACGCUGAAGAAGCAGGGCGAGACGAGCGUGUACCUGCGUACGCCGCCCGCCUCCUCCGCGCUGGACAACAUACGUGUCGUGUACGGGGCUGCUGUGGCCAGGGACCUGCUGGAGGUCACGUUGGAGGAAGCCUCCCUGAAGCUGAAGGUGGAUGGCUACGUCUCCAACGUCAACUAUUCGGCCAAGAAGUUCACGAUGCUGCUCUUCAUCAACCACCGUCUGGUGGAGUCUACUGCGUUGCGGAAGGCGCUGGAGCAGGUGUAUGGCGCGUUCCUGCCGCGUCACGCGCAGCCAUUCGUCUACCUGAGUCUGCAGCUGUCCCCGGACACGGUGGACGUGAAUGUGCACCCCACCAAGAACCAGGUCCACUUCCUGCACGAGGACCGUAUCAUAGAGCUGAUCCAGAAGAAGGUGGACUCGGUGCUGCUGGGAACGUCCGCCGCCCGUACCUUCUACACCCAGACCCUGCUGCCGGGCGCGGCGGCGGCGCCGCCAGCCGCCGCGGCCGCCUCCUACGGCAGCCGGGACGUGCAACUGACCUCGGUGCAGUCGCUGCGCGGUGAUGUGGAGGCCGCCUGCCACGGCACGCUGCGGCAGCUGCUGGCCGAGCACACGUUCGUGGGCGUGGCCACGGCCGAGCUGAGCCUGCUGCAGCACCAGACACGCCUCUACCUGGUGAACCACCGCCGGCUGGCCGAGCAGCUCUUCUACCAGAUCUGCCUCUUCCAGUUCGGAAACUGCGGCCUCUUGCAGCUGGAGGAGAGCCCGUCGGUGGUGGAGCUGGCGCUGCUGGGACUGGGCCAGGCCGAGGCCGGCUGGACCGAGGCAGACGGCCCCAAGCCGGAGCUGGCCGGCUACAUCGCCGACCUGCUGGUGCAGCGGGCAGAGCUGCUCGACGACUACUUCUCGCUGCAGGUGGACGCCGACGGCCGGCUGCUCGCCCUGCCGUUGCUGCUCGACAACUUCAAGCCACCAAUCGUAGCGCUGCCGCUGUUUCUGAUUCGCCUCGCCACGGAGGUCAACUGGGACUCGGAGCGGGACUGCCUUCACGACAUCUCGCGGGAGAUCGCCAGGUUCUACAGCUGGACGCCGUCCACAGGUGGCGCCAGUGAGACGGAUCGUUGGCAGCUGGAGCACGCGUUGUUCCCGGCUAUGAAGGAGCAGCUGCUACCGGCCAAGUUUUCGGCCGAGGACAGCACCUUCCUGCAGGUGGCCGACCUGCCUGACCUGUAUAAGGUGUUCGAGCGGUGCUAGCGCUGGCGGGAGCCCUGUUUUUUUAAGUGUCAGCUGCGGUGUUGCGUGUAUUUAUUAUUUUUUCAGAUCGCGGUGCUGAUGUUCAUCAUUUGUCAGAUCGUGUUGCUGGUGUUCACCUGACCGUCGUAUGUUCGAAGACUGACAUCUACCGACA